UAUGGGUACUUAACUAAAGUUAUUUUAUAUUAGCUAGAUAAAGUACUGCCACAAAAAAGACAUAGACAGUUAAGAAAUAAACUACAAAAAAGGUUUCAAAAGUGAUUUAGAAGAAAGUGCCUAAAAAGGUAGUAAAGAAAGUUCUACCCAAAAAGGUUGUACCUGCAAAAAAGAAAGUUGUUCCUAAAAAAACAUAAAAAUAAACAGUAACUAAGACAGCACCUGUUAAAAAAGUUGUAACUAAAAAAGCUAAGGUUGUUCCCGCCAAAAAAUAAGUUUCAAAAAAAUAGAAUGUUAAAGAAUAGAAAGAUGAUAAAAAGAAAGUGUUAAAGCCAGUUACUCCUAAGGCUGAUGCUACACCUAAAGUACCAGCUAAAUAUGCAGCAUACACUUUAGAUUAAUAUUAAGCUUAUUAAAAGGCAAUUAAAGAAUGGUCAGCAAAAACAAAUUAACAAAUUAAGGAUAAUCUUAGAAAGAAUUUAUAGAGCAUGACAGGAAACAAAGAUGAAUUGUUGAAUAAGAUUGCUGAUGGAAUAGUAUUAGGAUCAAUACCAAGAUGUCCACAUUGUUUUGGUGGAAGACCAAAAUUUAAUUAAGCUACAGGAACGUAACAUAUUAAAACUUAAUCUUAGUUAUUUCUGUGUUGGAUAUAGAGAUGACACUGAUUUUAAAUUCUGUAAUAAAGCUAUAGCAAAUUUGGAUAGAACUCCUUGGUAGCUUUGAA